AUGAGUUUUUUUAAAAAUAACAAAACAGCUAUUGUUUUAGGUGGUUCAGCUCUCGCUCUCACUGCAGGAGUGGUCAUUUAUUUGAAUAGCAAGAAGUAAGAUAAAAAGGAAGUUAAAGAAGAAAAGUAAUUGAUCAAAGAAACCAUUGAAGAUGAUCAAGAAGAGAAAGUUAAAAGAGGUGUCAAACGCUCUCAUAAUUAAGAAUAAGUCGAAGUUUAGGCAGAUUAAGAAUAGGAAUCAAAAUAAUAAUAAUUAUAAGAAAGGGAACAACCAGAUUUUAGUGUUAAAACAAAGACAAGUAUUGCUUCUUCAAGAGUUAAAGUUCAAUUCUUAAAUGGAACAGAUAACUUUGAUUUCGCUACAAUCGCUGCUAUAUUAGAAUCCUCUUUAGAUUAUAUUGGCGAAGAAUAUAUUACUUACACUCAAAAAAAUAGAGAAGAAAGAAGAAAAGCAAGAACCUCUGACGUUGAGAGAUACAAAGAAUUAGUUCUUGAAUACAAUGCAUAGGUAGAAAAAUUCAUUUUAACUGCCCAAGAUCAACUCUUGACAGAUAUCAAUAUAGACAAAGAAAUCUAUGAAAAAAGCAUUGAAAUUCUUAUCCAAAGUGGUUAUUAUCAACAAUUAUACAUGGUUUAAUCAGCUAUGAGAUAAAAAAUCAGUGAUAAGCUUCCUCGUAACAAUUAAGUCUCUAAAGAAAAAAUUAAAGAAAUUAUUCAGUACUAGUUGGAGAUUCUUAACAACUAAAAAGAUACCUUCAUUGCCAUAAUUAGCCAAUUGCAAUACCUUCCAGACAUUGCUGAGCUUAUUCCUUUUGUAUUAAAUACUAUGAUUCAAGAUAUGAUCUUUGAAAAAUUCGGUAUUGAAGAAGAAGACUAAGCCACUCAAAUGAGCGCCCAAGAUGUAAUUGAAGAUCCUACCAUUCAUGGAUUACUUAAACAAAUUGAGGAAUCUAUGUUAAAUAUGAUGUAACAACUUGGAUUAAACUAUAUUGAUGAAGAGCAAGAACUAGAAGAAAUCGAAAGACUCCGUGAAUAAGGUUAAUACAGCGAAAAUUGA